AUGUAAGAAUAAAACAUUAGAUAUUCACAAUUUCAUAUUACACAUCCUAUUCCUGAUGAGAAUCAUAUUCAAAAUGUUUUUGAAUCAUUCAUUAAUGAAUAUAAGAACUUUAGAAUUAAUGUACCAAUUGGAUGUAUUACUGAUAAAUGUUCAUUAAAAUAAAAGGAGAGAAGUGACUUUAGUGUUUUUUGUGGAGCAGGAGGAUAUUUAUAUUUAUAUUUGAGAAUAUAUGAAUUUGUUUAAACUUUAAGUCCUGAUUUGUAGCAAUAAUGUACUAAAGGAUUAACUGAUUAAGAAUUAUCAGAGUUUUAUAAUCCAGAGACAUUUUUAUCAUUGGCAUUAUAAUAAUAUUAGGCUUUAUAACCUUAAUUAAAGGCAGAUGAUGAUAUCUCAUUUUUUAUGAGUAACUCAACAAUUUAUUUAUUGGGAGCUGAUUUAUUUUAUUAUUUAAAAGACUAAGAGAAUUUUAAGAAAUGUGUAACUGAAGUAUUGAGCCAUUUUGGGAAUAUAGUAGCUUAAUCAGAAAAAUAUGAAUAAGAAUUGUUGUAUGGUAUACCAGGAUAUCUUUAUUCUUUGUUAUGGUUGCAUAAAAAAUAUUCAAAUGAAAAAGAUCAAUUUUAAUUAGACUUAUCUUCACAUAUUCAUACUAUUUGUUAAAUAAUACGUAAAUUUACAGGUAAUGGUAUUAUGAAAUGUGAUUUUCAUAAUAGAUCAUAUUUUGGAGCAGCUCAUGGAAUAUUGGGAGUAAUUUAAAUGCUUUUAUUGAGUUAUGAAUCAUGCAAAGAGUAUUUUCAUUUAAAAGAUGAAUAAGGAUUACUUUAAAUGUUAGAAUCCAUUUAAAAUACAUUAGAUUAUCUUAUAAAAUUGUAUUAUUAAUAUGGGAAUCUUCCAUCAUCAGCUUAAAAUGAAAAGAAUUUGAAAUUAUAUUAGUUUUGUCAUGGGAUACCAGGAGCUAUAGCACCAAUUUUAAAAGCUUAUUAGAUAUUUAAUAAAUAAGAUUAUUUAAAUGCAGCAAUACAUAUGUGUGAAAAUUUAUAUAAAUAUGGAAUGAUUAAGAAAGGUUAUGGAUUAUGUCAUGGGAUACCUGGGAAUAGUUAUGGAUUUAUUUAAUUGUAUAGAAUAACUGGGAGUGAAAAGUUGAGACAAUAUGCUUUCUAAUUUUUAUAAUAUAAGAAGAAUCCUCAUAUAUAUAAUGAAAUAAAGAAUUUUCCAUUUAAAGAUAGAUAUAAUAUUGGAAUUUCUGAUAAUCCUUUUAGUUUGAUGAUGGGAAGUAUUGGUGAUAUGUGUGCAAUGAUGGAUUUCAUAAAUUAUAAAAGAAUGCCAGGAUAUGAAAUUUGA